GCUCGCCGUCCGCUACGGUACCUUUGACGUCUUCUCGAGUUGCCGCCGUUGGUUCCGCCAUGAUGGUGAUGAAGCCGCUUUUGACACUCAUCUGCUUCAUGGCGGUGGUGGAGCACUGCGAGUGCGGGCAGCAGGGCCCGGUGUUCCUGCAGGAGCCGCCGCACCGCGCAGACUUCUCCAACUCCACAGGCAUCGCCCUGCAAUGCUCCGCACACGGCAGCCCGCCACCGACGAUUUCGUGGCUGCUGUCGGACGGGAGCGAAGUUGACGACGUGGCCGGGCUGCGGCGCGUGCUGGCCAACGGCACUCUUCUGCUGGAACCCUUCUCCGCCGAGGAGUACCGUCCGGAAGUCCACAGUGCCGCCUACCGCUGCGCCGCCUCCAACAUUGUCGGCACCAUCGUCAGCCGCCGCGUGCAGGUCAGGGCAGCGGUGGUGAAACAGUACUACGAGGUGCAGGUGUACGACGAGUUCGUGAUGGCUGGCAACACUGCUGUGUUGCGCUGUCACGUUCCCUCUUUUGUCAGGGAUUACGUCGCCGUCACGUCAUGGUUACGUGGUACGCGCGAUCGCAUUGUCACCGAUAUAGACACAGGCGGGAGGUACUCGGUAUUCUCGUCAGGGGAGCUGCACAUCCGCCAGGUGCAGCCGACCGACGGAGUGCUGGCCUACCGCUGCGAGACGCGACACCUGCUGACGGGCGAGCACCGCCUCAGCGCAGUCGCGGGCAGGCUGCUCGUGACGUCACCGCAGAAUUCGGUGCCGCCACGUAUCACGGAUUCGCGGAGCCAUGUUCAGGCCCACUACCGCCAGCCGGUCGAGCUGCCGUGCGCUGCACAGGGCUUCCCGCUGCCUUCCUACAUAUGGUUCCGCAGCCACGGAGGGUCGAGCUCGCCAGUGGCGCUGGGAGAGCGCAUCCGACAAGUGGGCGGCAGCCUCUUCCUACGCAGCGCGCACAUCGAGGACUCCGGCCGCUACAUGUGCGUAGUCAACAACACCGUGGGGGCUGAGCGCGCCUCCACCUCGCUGCUUGUCACCACGCCGCUGUCUGCGUACAUCAGCCCUCAGCAACAGACGGUGGACGUGGGCCGUGCAGCGCAGCUCAACUGCACCACGGAGGGCCAUCCGCAGCUGGCCGUUUCCUGGCUCAAGGACGGCCACCCGCUCACCACUUCCUCAAGAGUACGACUCAUCGCACCACAGGCAACAAAUCCUCGUGUCAGAAGUACUGAUCAGCAUAUAAAAGUGUUACAUAGGGUACAUAAUAAUCGCCUUUUCAAUACGCUCGAGAGACUUGGACGUAGAGGUAUUACAGCCGAUCAGUUGAUAGUCAGUAUGAACAAGCGAAACAGAAACGAGGUUCCAGUUAGUGCGAUUAAGAUGUCCCGCGCCACGGUCGACAGAUGA